AUGUACGUGCACAUCUUGCACUUCCAACAAUUAGAAGCACUCGAUGCCUUCUUCCAGCUGUUGUUGAUGCUCGCCAAAGUCGAGUACAAAAUGUUCGCCAAGUUGAUGGGGUCCCAGUACGUUAGUGCAGAGCAGCUACAGGUUUUCAUCACUGUGGCCGUGGACAUGAUGAACCAGGCUUUUUGUCGAGAACUCGUCAUCUUCGCUGCUGAUCUGCCAGUUCAUAUUCGAGAUCUCUUCUUUGAGAUGCUUACGGAUCGUCCGGAGAAGGGGGUUCUGCUCCGUAUCAUCGGCUAUUCCACGCGAGUGUUACCGGAACUUAUGCACCUCUUGGUUGCGAUAUUCCAUCGAAUGUCGUGGGAGAUUCGCUCGGCUUUCAUCGAGCAGCUUCGAGCGUUGGAAGGCGUUACCAACGUUGAAAACCUGGCUGAAGUAGCGUCCAAUCUCCAAGACAACGAGGCUUUACGGCUGCUGAUUCUGCUGCUAAGCCCGCUUCAAAUCCACAUUCGAGUAAGUCUUGUAGCGCUCUUCCUGCAGCUUAAUGUCCAGGCACGCACGCUGCUUCUCGCUAGGCUUGUGAAGAUGCCAAAGAACUCUGUGGGGGCUUUCUGUACGGCGGUUUGUAGCUCGUCCUGUGAGCCCGUGAGCGCUUCCUUCUGUCGCGUGAUUGGCCUGGUGGAUGCCAAGUAUCACACGUCUCUCCUCCGCUUACUAGCAAGCGAACCGCUGUGGUUCUUUCUGCGUCUAAUGGCUGAGCAUUGCGACGUAGAACAGCGACUGGAACAGUCCACGGAGUUGCUGAACCAAGUGGCGAAGACUGUGUGUUUGUUCUCUCUCGACGACAACUUAUUGCUCUUAAAAGAUGUGAUCCGAGCAGCACUGGGCGACGCUAUGCCCCUGAGUGAUACAGUCGCCGUACUUGCGUUAUUCCCUGAAGUAUCGAAGCUUCUUGACUUCCUCCGAUACGUCAUGGGGUUCGCAAAAUGCGCGCGUACCAGCUUAAUUUUCCGCGUUCUUGCAAAGUAUCAACAGCCAGAAUUUAUCUUCGAAAUGUGCCGAAUUCUCGACUUGGACGACGCCAUAUUCGCCUUGAAGCGACUGGAUCGAACGUGGCAACGGCGACAUGAAGAGCUAGACAGAGCGAUGGAGUCUCUAUGUCGACUGUAA